AUGACGGUUACACCAAAGAUAUCUAUCAACGAGGGGAACCUUAUGGUUCAUAGGAAAACGAUACUCAAAGGGGUGCCUGAUAACAUUUUUCUUACCCAAGGAUUGGGCUCGAUGGCUGGUGCAUAUAUCGGUGCCAAAGCUUCGCAUAGCAAAAGCCUGCAUGUUUUCCCAGUUGGUGUCCUAGAGGGGGUACGGUUCAUGUGCUUAUUCCGAUUCAAGCUCUGGUGGAUGACUCAGAGGAUGGGAACCUGUGGUAAGGAAAUUCCUUUGGAAACCCAAUUCAUGCUUGUGGAGACUAAGGAUACAAGUGAAGUCGAGCGUGAAGACAGCCCGACUAUCUACACUGUCUUCUUGCCACUUCUCAAAGGCCAGUUUCGCGCUGUUCUUCAGGGAAACGAGAAGAAUGAGCUCGAGAUCUGUCUCGAGAGUGGAAUGCAAAUUGUGGGAUGCUUUGUGAUUAAGGAAAAUCCCAAGGGAGACAAUGCAGUUCAAACCAAUCAAGGGAAUUGCCUUGUUUACAUGCAUGCUGGAACAAAUUCUUUUGAAGUGAUCAACCAGGCUGUGAAAGCUGUCGAGAAACACUUGCAAACAUUUCAGCACCGAGAGAAGAAAAAGCUGCCCUCGUUUAUCGACUGGUUCGGGUGGUGUACAUGGGAUGCUUUCUACACUGAUGUCACAGCUGAGGGUGUUGAAGAAGGGCUAAAGAGCUUGUCCGAAGGAGGCACGCAGCCCCGUUUUUUGAUUAUAGACGAUGGCUGGCAACAGAUAGGAAGUGAAGCCAAGGAAGGCUCGAAUUGUGUUGUACAAGAGGGAGCUCAGUUCGCAAAUAGGCUAACGGGAAUUAAGGAGAACGCAAAGUUCCACAAGAAAGACACUACCGACGAACACGAAUCUGGUCUGAAACUCGUAGUGAGAAAAGCCAAGCAGCAGCAUAAUGUCAAGUGA